AUGAUUGCGGCUGGGCCACAUGGCAAGCUAGACGAGUACCUCCCAGUGGUGGACCUGCUUCUGAACGUGAGGAAGGUGCUGGCGGAGGUGGGGGAGAAGGAGUCGGGUCGCAGAGCGGACAUGCUGCUGCGGACGGCCAUGGAGGAUUUGGACUACGAACUGAGAGACAUUCUCAAGAGGCGCAGCAAGCAGGCAUCCGCGCGAUUUUCAGUAGACGAGCUGAAGAGGCUGUUCCAAGCGGAGUUCCUGCAUGCGGGGGGUGGUGUGGAGCUGGCACAGGAGGGCGGGGAGGUCCGUCCAGGUGGGGGCAGUAAAGGCGCUGAUGGGCGAGUUGAAGCUGGAGGAUGUGCUGAGUUGAGCCCGGGGGUAUUCACAUGCAAGCACUCCCCUCCCCUUUGCCCCUGUUGCCCUCACAGGUCCGUGCGCGUGGAGGCAGUUAAAGCCUUGAUGGACGAGCUGAGGCUGGAGGAUGUGUCCGUGCGGGUCGAGGCAGUUAAAGCCCUAAUGGACGAGCUCAGACUGGAAGACGUGUUGAGUCCGGGGGUGAUUCACGAGGCGCCGUGGAGGGUGCUGGAGCAGGCGUCAAAGGAAUGGGUGCAGGCAGCUUAUAUCAUUGGAGCGCUGAUAAUCCCCAUGGAGCAUCAGACGGUCAACGAGGCUUGGAAGGGCAUGGAUACACAGAGGCGUGCCGCCCUAAGGGGCGUGCUGGAGGACGGCGGCGUCGGGCGGCGGGUUUUGUUUCUAGCGGACGUGCUGAGGGCCAUUGUGUCACGGCGGAUGGCAGAGCAGCUGUUUUCAUUGCUGGACGCGUACCAAGUGGUGCAAGAGAUCAUGCCGGAGCUCGCUGCCACCUUUCAGGACCUCAAGGUCAGCAACGUGUGGGGGGCGUGCGAGGGCCUGCCGCUGCUGCUGGGGCGAGCAGUGGCAGCAUGCUUCCAACGCCUCAAGCUCUUACUCGAGGAUUCUGCUGCUUCUAACCUCGCUGAUGCUAUGAGGAAACCUGUUCCCGCCAAGAAGGCAGCUCUGAGCUUCCUCACUCGCAGCGCCACCAGCAACAGCAGCACGGCGGUGGCACCAGACGAGUCGGUGUAUGAGAUCGUGCCGCGAGGGGGGGCUGUGGACUCGAUUACGAGCUAUGUUGCUAACUAUAUCCGCAGCUACAUGCAGCGGCAAGGCAGGCGCAGCUACGUGGAUUCCCUCACGUCCCUCUUCUCCCUCCUUGAGGCUCACCCAGACGAAGACCCGAGCUCUCUCACAGCAGAUUUCGCCCUCCUCUCCCUCCCCGCCUCCUCCUCCCUCUCCCCUCUCGCCUCCUCCAAUCCCAUUGCUGCCGCCGCCGCCGCCGCCACCAUGAACGCCACGUCAGCAUCUGCCAUGUCAGCAAACGGGAGGGCGCCAGGUGUCGGGAGGAGCCUGGAGAGCGAGACAGCUCAGCUGGUGAUGGCUCUAAGGAGGAAUCUAGAGUCCAGGGCGAGGCUCUACCCGGAGGAGGAACUACAGCAACUAUUCCUUAUGAACAACCUCAAUUAUCUUGUCAAGUCCAUGAACGACUGGCAUGGGUGGCACUCACAGGGCAUUGAAAAGAACCUGUCUGCUGUGAGAAGGGAGGGCGCCAAGGACCUCAUGGUGGCACUAGCAGACCUGCAUGACGACCGAGUGGUGCAGCAACACGCAGGGGCAUUCCAGUCCCUCGCCCUGCUCAAGGUCAUGACGGCCCUGAGCACCAAUGAGGACGCAGUGCAGCCGUCGCACAGAAGUGCUGCCGACUAUGUCAAGGCAGAGAUGCAACGCCUAAAACGGUUCAACUUGGCGUUUGAGGAGCUACAGGAGAGGCAGAGGCACUGGACGAUCCCUGACGAUGGGCUGAGGCGGAAGAUUCGAGCCAAGUGGGCCACGAGCAUCAAGGAGCGGUACAGGAAGAUGCUUCUGCCGUACUG